AUGGAGGCCGAGGCCUCUUCGUCCAAAUGGCCUUUCUACGCAACGCAUCGACUUAGAGCGCCAUGGAAUGCCACUGGUAGUACGUACUCACAACUGAGUGAUACGGUGUCUAUACAGAGUAGGGAUUCGCGGCCUUUAUCCACAUCUGCGACCACAGAGGACACGUUGCCGCCGCUCGACAAGGAGCCCAUUGCCCGGCCAUUAUUUCAUUUCCACGCAUUGCAAAAAAUAACUCGAGCGUGUCGUGAGUAUGGAGAGCUGACGUGCCUCCAUGUCUCAGGCGGACUUAUGGCCGUGGGCUGUGCUACAGGAGUGACGGUCGUGUUUGACAUGUCGCAGCGCCAGCGAUGUGUGUGUGGUGUUAUUUCAAACGAUGCUGUCACGGCUUUAUCAAUGAACCGAGAUGCCACGUACCUGGGUGUUGGCCACUCCUCCGGACACCUAUACUUGUACGACAUGUACCAGCCCGAGGAACCGGCACGGCAUGUGGCGCCGAUCGAUCCGGCUCUCGUGGAGCUCGGAAAGGGUGAAGGUCACCUGGAAAAUGUACCCAUCACGCACCUUGACUUUGUCGGAGCUCGCAAAACGGCACUGAUGAGUGCGGAUGCUCGCGGCCUAUGUUUUUACCACUCAUUAGGGCGCAUGCUGGGUAUGGCGUCAAAUGAUACAUUGCGCCUAUAUGGUCAAUAUAAUGCAGCUGCAUCGUCUCCAAUAUAUGCAGCCGCAUCUCUCCCGCUGGGUACCACGCGUCAUGUAUCAGACGAUCACCAAUUCACAGCGCUCCUCUUGCCCCACAAACUGCUGCUGAUUGGUUUGCAGCCAUCCGCCAGGACGUGGUAUCGUGUGAUAGCUCCCACUCCAUGCGAUACGGCCGCGCUAGCCUGGCUCCCUGCGACGCAUACGGAUGCGGAAGUGCACAAUCCUAUGUUGGCCUACGCGUUCGGAGAUGCGUUGCACAUACUACAUCUUGGUGCUGUGCGUGUCAAGCCGCGCACGGAAGACGAGCGCCCCACCACCGGACUACGCGUACAAGAGGACACGCUGGGUGUGGCGCCGCAGCCAGUUGUGCAAUUGCAAUGGAUUCACAGGCAGCUUUUAUUGGUCAUCACGACACAGACUUGGCACUUGUACGAUAUGCGAUAUCACUGCUUCACGGAAUGGCAGCCGCACGACCCGCUGGUUUUUAUGCCGAGCAAGCCGUGGCCCACGAUGACUGUCUGGCGAAGCAAGGCGUUUGUGCUCGCCCAGGGUACCGUGUACGUCGGCGACUUUGUUGCAUGGGACGCUCGUCUUUCGCAGCUCGAGGCCGAUCACGAGUUUGUGCAGGCAUUAGCACACGCGCUUAGCUUGUAUGAUGGCUCGGCGCUUGGCUCAGGCAUUGGCCUGCCUCCCGAGCCCGAUCAGCAAAAGGCGGUGGUCGCGCGGCGUAUCGAGCGCCUGCAGCGCGAAGCUGUGCGCCAUUUUGGCUCGUUCGAUGCGGAUCGAUUUGUGCGACUGUGUGCACGAGCAGCGGUGGCCACCCAGCAGUUCCAUGUGCUCUUUGGCGACGUCUAUCAUGUUUAUGAGGCGCAUGGACAGGAGGCCCUGCUGGUGCAGCAUGUCGAGGAGUAUAUCCUGCAUGGUCAAAUGCGGGCACCGGCGCCGACGAUCAUGCAGCAUUUGCUGUCGUAUCGUGAUCGUAUGCAGGAUUAUGCUCACAUUGAGGAGCUCAUACUGCAUGUCGAUCCGCUGUGCCUCGAUCUGGAUCGAACGCUGCCUCUGUGUACGAAGCAUGGCUUGUGGCGUGCGCUAGCCUACGUAUAUGACUAUGUGUUGCAAGAUCGGAUUACGGUCUUGGCACUCGUGCUCACACACCUUGACAAGCAUGGCGAGGCCCUCUUUCCCAUUCUCGGUGCAUGGCUCCGAGGAUUACGAUACCCCACUCUUGAUGCAUGUGAUGAUCCUGCCAAAGUGGUUCUUGACGUCCAAUCCGUGCUGUUUUCUCAACAUGCGUAUAGCGCUCCUGACGGCACAUUGAUCCCUGUGAAUGACGCUGAUCCCUGGCCGUAUGUGCGCCAACUCCUUGCUUUCGAUGCUGCAUCAUUCCUCGGCGUGCUGGAUCUAGCGCUCGAAUCGGAUUCAGACGAUCAUGGCACUCAUCAGCAUGUUAUCCAGAUUCUUUUGGCUGUCGGUGACGUGGUGCCCACCUCUGCACGUCUUUUUACAGCCGUAUUCGUCGCGCGGAAUGCAGCCAAGUUCCCUCAAUUUAUCACGCUGCAAGACGCUGAAGUAGCUUGGCUGUUUGACGUGCUGACACAAGAAAAAGGCGAUACCGACUGCGAAUUCGCCCUCGAGUGCCUCUUGUCCGCGCAUCCCAUAUCCUGGGACGCAGCUCACAUUGACAGACUCGAACGCGCUGCAUUUUGGCGCGUGUAUGAAACAUCUUUACGCAAAACUCGCAGGUGGGAUGCCCUCUUGGCAUUCUAUGCUCGUGAUCAAGACGGGCAGCAUCACGCGCCGGGCCAGCUGUUUCAUCGCGUGGCAGAGCUCUUCACCCUUCCUGGGCUUCGUCGACCUGCGCAGCGCGAGGCACUGGGUCCAGUGUGGAUGGCCUGUAUACAUGAUGUGCCUGAUUCCCUUUUGGGCGACGUGGCGCAUGUGGUGAUGCAGUACUGGGAACACGGGCAGGAACAAGUACUGCGCGAGCUGCAGAAAAGCGACUCGCCGACUCGAGCAUACCUGUACCUCAAGCCGUUUUUCCCGUUAGAGCAUAUGACGCCGCAUCCGCCCUUUUUGUGCACAGCUUGGAUUGACCUGGUGGCUCAGCUUUCUCCUGCGCUUCUGGUCCCAUUGCUGGAUGCGUAUGACCCGGCGUACUUUGACCUGGAACAUGUGAUCCGUGCGGCUAAGGAGCACCGCGUGUAUGAUGCAUGUCUAUGGUGCCUCGACCGCCUUGGGCGGACGCAUGAAGCGAUGGAGGCGCUUGAUGCACUCAUAUCGCACGUGGCUCAAGACACCCAGAGGGCUUUGGACGCUCCUAUCGAUGCCACAACGGACUCAGAAGCCGAGUGCAUACAUGAGCAGACUCGUCAAGAAUUCGAGUACUUGCAUAUGGCUGUGCUGAUGUCCGUGCGGUUGUGUGUAGAGCACACCACCGAGCCAAAUGCCACGGUGGAUGAUGCACGCGAGCUGUGGUUCCGUGUGCUGCGUGCGCUCAUGCAAUUGGAACACUCUCUCGUACCGCUGUACGCAUCCAAGCAUGGUCCAUUGCAGACCUAUGUUUUAAAGCAGUCGCGUGCUCUCACGCAGGAGGCACUCACAACACUCAUCACAACUGUGCCAUCUGACAUGAUCGCGCUGGCUCACUUGUUCCGGCGUCUUAUCGACAGCGUAUCACACACGCAAGAGCACCGGUACUCGGAAGUGCGAGUGGUAGUGGAGUCCAUGUUGGCUGCCUACCGAUUACGUUGCGACGUGCUACAGCUGGGCGUGCAGCUCAACGAAGCCGACACGAGCCGCCUAUUCCAACAACUCGCCAAAGAGCGCGGUUGGGGGUGGCUCGUGCCUUCCUCACUCUGCUCUCAGUGUCACGAUGCAUUGUAUUUGACAGCACGGCAUCAUAACUCUGUCACACUACAUGCGCAGGGGUAUGCGUACCAUACACUCUGCCGCUGCCACGAUGACCCGAAGUAG